CUUGAAUGGAAGAAACGAAGGCGCCGAUUAUGCAGCUGCGAGGCUGAUACGAUACGAGCCUGCCAUCGAUCCAUCGAUCGCAUCGACGACAGACAGAGAUAGAUAGAUGAGCGGAGAGGUGGAUCCUCUCCUGGCGGGCCUCUCCAGUGACUACUGGGACGAUGACGCACGCCGAGAUCAGCUCAACCUGCCGCCGCAGAACAACAAGAAAAAGAGAAGGAUUAGCGAUGAAGAUGAUGAGGACAGACAGCGGCCAUCCGAGGGCAUCUUGGGCUUCAAGGCUGCGUCCGCACGGAGCAGGGCAGUGGAGGAGAGCAUCGGUGGGGCGAAGAGCAGGGAAGAGAGGGAAUACUGCUUCAAUGUCAACGAGGGCGGGUUCACUGAGCAGAUGCAGGAGGACUUCUACGUAAGGCAGGCCUGCAGUGCAGGCCAGGCAGCACACACACACACACAGGGGUGAACUGACUGCAUGCACGCCUGUGCGUGUGUGUGUGUGUGUGUACAUGUGUUGUGUGUGGGGUCAUGCAGAUGAACCUGCAUGACGGGAAAUCGGUCGGCCGGCGUGGGCUCGGUCUCGAUGCCGACGAGAUGCAUCGCCGGCUGCUGCAACUGAAACGGUGACUGACUGACAUACACUCAUCCACUCACAGCAACCAAUGAUCUUUCAAGACUGACUGUCCUUCCUUCACUCUCAGCAGCCUCUGCCUUCUUCUCUCUGUGGUUGUGUGUGUGUGUGUGUGUGUGUGUGUGCAGGCCCCAGGAGAGAGAGAGGCGGCGGCAGCACGAUGACAGAGACCAUCGAGGGUACAAGAUGUGCACUCAUCUGCUCCCCCCUCCCACAUCCAUUCCAUCAGCCACUGUGUUUGCUGUCUGCCUACGUUGUCGUCAGGCGUGAUCGGAGGCGCUCAAGGUCACGAUCAAGAUCAAGAUCUCUGUCACCAUCCCCCGGCCAUCUAAGAAGAAGGGACGACAUGCCCGUGAGAGCUCACCGGAGGCGCGAUGACGAUGAGAGAGACGAGGACGGCAGGUGGCACCAGGACGGCGAGGCGGGUGGUGUGCAGCGGCCGGCCACCACGUCCGAUCCAAGGGCGCUGUCGCUCAAGGAGAAGAUCGCGCAGAAAAUGAAGGUCAGACAGAUGGCGUUCAUCAUCAGCCAUGGUCACAUGGUCACGUGUGUGUAGGCGAUGGCUGAGAAGAAGCAGAGCGGCGGCGGCAGGUCUGCUGCAGGGACGUCGCGGAAUCCGCUGAGGAACGAAGACAGGUCAGUCAGUGACUCGACGCAAUGGAUAGGUGCGCACUCUCACUCUCACUCUGACUGGAUUGUGUUGCGUGUGGCUGUGGUGGGUGCGCUCAGUCGUCUGCUGGACAUCAAGGAGGCCAUCACACGGGAGAGCCGCCAGUUCGGCGGCGGAAAGGUCAAGCACCCACAGCACCUCCUCAAGGUCGGUUAGUCGGUCACAUGCACUGCACGCCGGAAACGCUGGCGGACACCCACACCAAUGUCUCUCAGGCCGAGCAGGACGACCGUCAGGCAAUGGCCAGAAUGAUCGAGUCCGAUGAUGCUGAUGGAUUCGGGUCCUUCCUCGAGCAGCGACGCAUCGAAAUGAGAGGGAGUGGGAGGGCGGGGGCAGGUGACGCCGAGCGACAGCAGGGGAGUGCGGCGAGAGAGGAGAGGGACCAUCUCGACGCCAUAUUCGGAGCGUCGGCGGCCCCUGUGGAUGGUGACGUGAGGGAUGGUGGGGGUGAGAGGGGCGGUGGUGCACCGUCCGCAGCACCUGGUGGUGGUGGUGGUGGUGGCGGUGAUACUAGCCUGCUUGGUGCGGCCGCAUUACCUGGCCGACGGAAUGCAUGGCGACGCAGAUGAGAUGAUAGAUAGCUUGAUGAUGGGGUUGUGUGCUGUGCUGUGCAGUGGGCGUCGUGUCGGUAGAUCGGUGUGCGCGUGCGUGCGUGUAUGUGUGUGUAGACGUCUGACCGCACCCCUCGGUUGACUAACGGUGAAAGAUCUGUCUG